GUAUCGUGCGAGGGAGGUAGAGACGCAUCGUUGCCGGAGAUGCAGAGGACGCGAAAAUGGAGAGCCUCAGAGGCGUCAGCGGUGAGGGAGUAGAGGGCUCGGGGGUGGCGAGCUGGAGGAGCUUGUCAACGUGGGAGGAUUGGUGCAGACGGGAUGGCAGUGUUGCUGGGCAGCUACUCGGAGCGGCCGAACGUGGAGUCGACGGCCGCAUUUGCGCUAAUUCCUCUUCCCGAUGAGGUCGCCAGAACUCGCAGAAGCCGUGCCGCCGGCAUUGAGCUCCUUCAGGUGGAUGUGGAGCUUGCGUGGUUCUUAUAGCAAAGUAUAAUCCGACAAAAGAUCAAGUGACUGAAUUUUCCGCAAGUUCAUGUCUAACACUUCUUUACAAUAUAAAUUUCUGUUCAGUUAUCACCACUGAGGGUCUGGGAAGUACACAAGAUGGUUUUCAUGCUAUUCAGAAAAGAAUGUCCGGUUUCCAUGCUUCUCAGUGUGGUUUCUGCACUCCUGGCAUGUGCAUGUCCAUUUUCACUUCUCUUGUCAAUGCUGACAAAUCCAAAAAUCUUGAACCACAAAAUGGCUUCUCAAAGCUAUCAGUUUCUGAAGCAGAAAGAGCUUUCUCAGGCAACCUGUGUCGAUGUACUGGUUACCGGCCGAUCGUUGAUGUUUGCAAAAGUUUUGCUUCAGAUGUUGACUUGGAGGAUUUGGGCCUUAAUAUAUUCUGGAAGAAAGGUGACAAGAGUGCUGAUGUUAGCAAAUUGCCAAGUUACACUCUUGGUGGCGGAGUCUGCACUUUCCCGGACUUUCUAAAAUCUGAGAUGAAAUCUUCACUUGAUUAUCUGAAUGAUUCUAAUGUUGCUGUCUCCAGGGAGGGUUGGUAUCAUCCUAAAAGUAUCGAACAGUAUUAUUACUUAUUAAACUCUGGCAUAUUUAGUGACUGCUCUGUCAAAGUGGUAGUUGGGAACACAAGUGCUGGUGUAUACAAGGAUCAGGACCUAUAUAACAAGUAUAUUGACAUAGGUGGCAUUCCAGAACUUUCAGCCAUUUCAAGGAAAGAUGGUGGUAUUGAAAUUGGAGCAGCUACCCCGAUUUCUAGGACCAUCGAGGUACUUAAGCAAGAUAAUGAUUCUAUGUCCUGUCCAAAUGGAAGUGUGGUUUUUAGAAAACUUGCUGAGCACAUGAGCAAAGUGGCUACACCAUUUGUCCGAAACACAGCAAGCCUUGGUGGAAACAUAAUUCUAGCACAGAAAUACCCAUUUGCCUCCGACAUCGCAACCAUACUUCUUGGUGCUGCUUCAACUGUUUGUCUUCAGGUUACUUCAGAAAGAUUAGAGGUGACUUUGGAAGAGUUUCUCGAGCAGCCUCCUCUUGAUCCUAGUACUUUACUCCUGAGCAUAUUUAUUCCACAUUGGUUUUCAGAUUCUCAAAAAGAGACUAAUGUGAUCUUUGAAACUUACCGAGCCGCACCGCGCCCUCUUGGCAAUGCUGUCUCAUAUAUUAAUUCUGCUUUCCUUGGAAAUGUUUCCUUGCAUGGAUCAUCAAGUGAUCUUGUAUUGAGUAAUCUGCACUUGGCUUUCGGUGCCUAUGGGACAGAACAUGCUAUCAGAGCAACAAAAGUUGAAGAAUACCUCACUGGAAAAUUGCUGACUCCAUCUGUUGUGCUUCAAGCGGUUCGGUUACUUAGAGGAACAAUUGUACCAAAGGAAGGAACAUCACAUCCUGAAUACAGGGUCAGUGUGGCUGUUGGAUUUCUCUUCAGUUUCCUGUAUCCACUUGUUAAAGGCAUGACAGGGCCUGAAAAAACUCUGAGCAUUGGUUGUUCUAGUUCUGUAGAGGAGGCUAGCCUGCCAUUGUCUUCACGUAGAGAAACAGUUCCCAGUGAUGAAUAUAAACCAGUUGGUGAGCCGAUUAAAAAGUAUGGAGUUGAGCUUCAAGCUUCUGGGGAGGCUGUAUAUGUAGAUGAUAUUCCUGCUCCAAAGGAUUGCCUCUAUGGAGAGUUCAUUUACAGUACACAAGCUCUUGCAUAUGUUAAGGGUAUGAAAUUCAAGCCUUCUUUAGCAUCAGAGAAGAUUAUUACAGUUGUUUCUGCAAAUGAUAUUCCAAGUGGAGGGCAAAACAUUGGAUCUACCUUCAUGUUUGGGGAUGAGCCACUUUUCGGUGCUCCAAUUGCUGAGUUUGCUGGGCAAGCUCUCGGUGUUGUGAUCGCAGAAACACAGAGGUACGCAGACUUGGCAGCAAAACAGGUGGUUAUUGAAUAUGCCACAGAAGAUUUGAAGCCGCCAAUCUUAACUGUCGAACAGGCAGUGCAAAACAACAGCUAUUUCAAAGUUCCUCCUGAGAGGUAUCCAAAACAAGUUGGUGAUUUUUCAAAGGGCAUGGCAGAAGCUGAUCACAAAAUCCUGUCAACAGAAGUAAAACUUGCCUCUCAGUACUACUUCUACAUGGAAACACAAACAGCACUAGCGGUUCCAGAUGAAGAUAACACCAUGGUUGUCUACAGUUCAUCACAAUAUCCUGAGCUUGCACAGAGUGUCAUAGCUAAGUGCCUCGGCAUUCCAUUCAGCAAUGUGCGAGUCAUUACCAGAAGGGUUGGAGGAGGCUUUGGCGGAAAGGCAUUCAGAUCAUACAAUGUAGCAACGGCAGCUGCGCUGUGUGCAAACAAGUUACGGCGUCCUGUGCGGAUGUAUCUCAAUCGCAGUACUGACAUGAUCAUGGUUGGGGGUCGGCACCCAGUGAAAGCUUAUUACUCAGUUGGAUUUAAGUCUGAUGGGAAAAUUACUGCCCUGCACCUAGAUGUACUAAUUAAUGCUGGAAUUUCUCCAGAUGCGAGCCCUAUAAUACCAGACACUAUUAUAUCAGGUCUGAAGAAAUACAACUGGGGUGCUCUCUCAUUUGACAUCAAGCUCUGUAAAACAAACAAUACAUCCAAAUCAGUAAUGCGUGCUCCUGGAGAUACUCAAGGCUCUUUUAUUGCUGAUGCUAUCAUUGAGCAUGUUGCUUCUGUACUCUCACUCGACGCUAACACUGUCAGGCAAAAGAAUUUUCACACCUAUGAUAGUCUUGUGUUGUUCUAUCCAGAAAGCGCAGGCGAAUCUUCUACAUACACACUACAUUCUAUUUUUGAUAGAUUACUCAUGACAUCGAGCUACCUGCAUCGAGCUGAAUCCAUCAAGCAGUUUAACAGUUGCAACAAUUGGCGGAAGCGGGGUAUCUCUUGUGUGCCCCUCAUAUUCAAGGUUGCACCAAGGCCAGCUCCUGGAAGAGUUUCUGUGCUCAAUGACGGCUCCAUUAUUGUUGAGGUUGGAGGUAUUGAAAUUGGGCAAGGACUGUGGACAAAAGUACAGCAGAUGACGGCUUUCGCACUGGGACAGUUAUGGCCUGAUGGGUGCGAAUGCCUCCUUGACAGAGUGCGUGUUCUUCAGGCUGAUACAUUGAACUUAAUCCAAGGUGGACUUACUGCUGGCAGCACUGCAUCUGAAUCUAGUUGUGCAGCAACCCUUCAGGCCUGCAACAUGUUGACUGACAGAUUAAAGCCUGUCAUGGAUAAGCUCAAACAGCAAUCUGGUGCUGUUUCAUGGGAUUCUUUGAUUUCCCAGGCAUCUCAGGAUAAUAUCAAUUUGUCUUCAACUGCAUACUGGGUACCUGGCCAAGAAUCCAGUAGCUAUCUGAACUAUGGGGCUGGCAUAAGUGAGGUGGAGAUUGAUCUUCUUACAGGAGCAAUUACUUUACUAAGGAGUGACCUUGUGUAUGACUGUGGAAAGAGCUUGAACCCUGCAGUGGACUUGGGCCAGAUUGAAGGUUCCUUUAUACAAGGAAUUGGUUUCUUCAUAUACGAAGAACACGAGACAAACAGUGAUGGCCUGGUUGUGAGCGACAGCACCUGGGACUACAAGAUCCCAAGUGUCGACACCAUCCCAAAGCAGUUCAAUGCCGAGGUGCUGAACACCGGAUACCAUAAGAACCGCGUGCUUUCUUCAAAAGCUUCCGGAGAACCUGCCCUAGUUCUUGCAUCAUCAGUCCAUUGUGCGGUGAGAGAAGCUAUCUGCGCAGCAAGAAAGGAAUUCGCACACAGCACUGGGUCUGGAAGCUCACCGCUCACAUUCCAGCUCGAUGUCCCUGCGCCAAUGACAGUGGUUAAGGAACUGUGUGGUUUGGAUAUUGUGGACAAGUACUUGGAAAAUCUAUCUACACAUCAAUUCCAGUGUUGACAACUGGAAGGAGCGGUGUGAUCAUAUUAUGUAAUUUGAAUGGUAAUUAUAAUAAUGUUCCGAAUGUUUACGAUAUUCUGUGUUGUGCUUGCAGUUUUUCUAAUCAUAAUUCCAGGUUGAGAAUUGUAUUCACGAUACCUUGUUGUAUAAGCGCCACUUUAUGUAUUUCUCGUGUUAUAAUUUGGACA